GUAAAUUCACAUUCCUCGCUCAAGAUUUCAAUCUGAGCUCUGAUUCCAUCUUUCUGUACUAGCUAGCUAGCUGAGUAGAACUCUCCAAUGGCAUUUGUUGUCGUAACUUCACUACUGGGAGUUGUAGACCAACACUUUCUGCAACCCAAUCAAUUCUUGACCAAUAUUCUCGACGAUUCACAAAUAGCCGUCUCGUUAUCCAACAAGCUCCGAUCUCUGCAAGCCUUUCUGGAGGAAUCGGAGAUCCAAACCGCAGAUGAAGCUCUGGACGCGAAAAUCCGAGACGUUGCCGUCGAAUUAGAGGCCAAAAUCGAGUCAAAACUCAAAGAGGUGUAUUCGUCUUCCAGCAAUGGAGAUCGCCGCGGGCUUCAUAACACCCUCCAAUCCGUAAUGAAAGAGAUUGAAUCGCUCGAAUCCCGGAUCGAGAUUCACAAGCAAACCCUACCCGUCAAAGAGCCUUCAACCCCGCCGUCUACGGAGGCGGAAAUCUCCGUGAUUUCCGCCUCCACACACUACAAUUUGGCCGCCGGGAACGAAAUGAUCGGAUGCAAGGAUCAAUUGGAGAGGAUAUCGGAGUUGCUCGUCGAUAAACAGCUGUCUGAAAAUCGGGAAGUCAUCGCCGUUACCGGGAUGGGCGGUAUUGGGAAAACAACCCUUGCUAGAACAGUCUACGAAGAUCCAGAAAUCAAAAAUUUCUUCGACAUCUCUGCGUGGACUGUCGUCUCACACCAGCACAACAAAAAAGAGAUUCUCCUUCGCCUUCUGGGCUGCAUUGUGCCAUUGACCAGUGAAAUCUACAAGAAAGACGACGGGGAGAUAGCGGACCAACUGCGCAAAAGCUUGAUGGGUCAAAGGUAUCUCAUUGUGUUAGACGACAUAUGGAACACUAAAGCCUGGGACGACAUCCAAGGUUGCUUCCCCGACAACAUGAACGCCAGUCGAAUCUUGACGACCACCAGGCAUGACGAGGUAGCUAAGUAUGUUGAUAGCUCGGGAGCAUUGGGUAAGUAUACUCACCAAAUGCGCUUUCUAAAAUCAGAUGAAAGUUGGGAGUUGUUUUCUUUAAAGGUUUCUGGGAAAAAGGACUUUGAUCUCCCUGAAUUUACACCAAUUGGGAAAAUCAUUGUUGAGGAAUGCCAGGGAUUGCCUCUUACCAUUGUUGUGAUUGCUGGGCUUCUGGCAAAACUUAAAGAAUCUAAGCAGUGGAAGGAUGUUUCAGACAAUGUUAGGUCUUUGGAUAAAGUGGAUCCUAGUAAGACAUGUUCUAAAGUGCUGUCGUUGAGCUAUAGCUACUUGCCUGGUCACUUGAAAGCUUGUUAUCUUUACUUCGGAGUGUUCCCGGAAGACAGUGACAUUCUUGUCGGGAAAUUGGCUAAAUUAUGGGCGGCCGAGGGGCUUUUAAUGUCGGAGAAGAAUAUGAGUUUGGAAGAGGUGUCAGUGUUUUACCUGUUUGAUCUUAUUAGUAGAAGUUUAGUUCAGGUUAACAUGCGGAGUUUUGAUGGGAAUAUCAAGUCGUGUAAGCUCCAUGAUCUGUUGCAUGAGAUUUGCGUGAGAGAGGCGCUAAAGGAGAACCUUAUGGAUGCACAUAAUGGAUCAAAGUCGAGUUGUCGUUGGAUAACCUGCAGGAAAAAUCAAUGGCCGAUCACUCAAGCAACUCAUGGGAAUCAUGUGCUUGAUAGGAUCCGGUCCUUUAUGCAUUUUGGUAAGGAUUUAUAUCUUGCGAAAUGCAGAUUGGAAUUCCCGUGUUUGAAAUUGCUAAGAGUGUUGGACUUGUCUUUAAUAAAAUACUGGCAUGGUGUGCCUAGCGGGCUAGAGGAUUUGGUUCAUUUGAGAUACUUGGGUUUAACUACUAUAGGUUCUCUUUACAAUUUUCAAUUGUUGAAGCUUAAAAAUUUGCAAACUCUCGUGGUUCAUUCGUGGAGGGAGGAGGAUCGCUUGCAACUGCCGAUUAAUAUUUUGGAUUUGCCACUGCUAAGGCAUGCUCAUCUUUCCAAGAGGGCGGCACUCUAUCUUCCAAAUAUGGUUCAAGAAAGAUUACAAUCUCUUUAUUGGGUGAAAGUUGCCAAUGUGAACCACGAAACUAACUUCAAAAGAGUACCUAAGUUGAAAGAAUUAGGGAUUUACAUUGAUGAUAAAUUGCCACAUGGUGCUCUUGAUAGUCUUGUUCAUUUAGAUCGGCUUGAGAAGUUAAAAUUUGAAGUGGGAAGGGCCGAGCGCUUCUCUCUUCCAGCUGCUUUAUCACCAAACCUUAAGACGCUGUCACUUCGUUACACCUAUCUUCCAUGGAAGCAGAUGGACAUAAUCGGCAAGCUGCCCCGCCUUGAAGUACUCAAAUUGAAGGAUUUUGCCUUCUGCGGCUCAAAGUGGAAUCCAUCCGAGGAGGGGUUUAAAAAUUUAAAGCUCUUCCUCAUUGCACGUUCAGAUCUCAAACAUUGGAAUGCAACUUCAGAACACUUCCCAGUUUUGAAGCGCCUAGUCCUAAAAAACUGUUGGGACUUAGUAAGCAUUCCAAAUGAUUUUGCUGGAAUUUACACGCUGGAAUCAAUCGAGUUAGAAAGUUGUUAUUCUUCCCUUGUGAAGUUUGCUGAGGAAAUUAAAGAGCAACUACAGGACUUUGGGAUUGAUUUACUUGUUCGUAAACUUGGAAUUAAGGAAAAAAUGCCAGAAGAAGAAAGCGAAACUGAGGAAGAAGACAGCGAGGGAUCUGAUGAUGUUAACUAAAACAUGACUGAUCUAAAGCAAGAUGAAGGUGAUCUCUUGCAACCAACAAAGCUAUGAAAAUGGUGUGUUUUGUAGAGGCUAAUGUUGCAACUGAUAAAGUUGUUUGUUUGUCUAUCUUUUCCAUAUUGUCGUCCGGUCUCUUGGGAUUUAUGUUGCAACCAAUAAAGUUGUUUGUUUGUCUAUCUCAACAUUUUGUACUUGUAAUUGACAGCUUGGUUGACACAUUGCAAAAUGUGUUAAUUGAGAUUCACAAUAUCACAAUAUAAUAUGGACCAAAAACCUUGGUCCAUGUUAUAACAAUUGCUAUCUCUUCCA